UAUUUUAUUUUUUCCAGUUAUCGGAUGCUCUUUGUGACAUUGGCUUUAAAGGUGUUGAUCCAUUAGGUAACUGGUGGAGCACUUUAAGAAAUAAAAUUGAUUAUAAUACCAAACUUAGUCAAUCACUUGCUAGUCAGGAAAGUGUCCCAAUGAACUUUUAUUGUGCUUAUAAACAAAUAACAGAUUACAUACCUCGUGAUGCUAUUGUAGUGAAUGAAGGAGCUAAUACAAUGGACAUUGGUAGGACUGUUGUCAAAACACACUUCCCUAGACACAGAUUAGAUGCGGGUACAUUUGGUACUAUGGGUGUUGGUACUGGGUUUGCCAUAGCAGCUGCUUUAUAUACUACGAGUUUAAACAAAUCUAAAAAACAAACUCCAGUUUAUUGUAUUCAAGGUGAUAGCGCUUUUGGAUUCUCAGGAAUGGAAAUAGAAACUGCAUACAGGUAUAAGCUUCCGAUUGUUUUUAUAAUAAUGAAUAACAGUGGUAUAUAUCAAGGGCUCCCGAGAGAGCUGUAUGAUGACAUUAUGAAGAAUGAAGACCCUUUUAUCAAGUGAGGGAGAAAGAGAGAGAG